AUGAGGCGCGCAUCACUUUCGGCCGUACUGGCGACAACUCUGGAACUGGCAUCACUUGCAAGUGCCCUCCCACAUGGUGACGAUGACAUGCACAUGGGGGGUGGGAAUCCCACAGCAUCACUUAGUCCCCAACUAUCUGCAACUGCACAAGCUAGCAGUGAUAAUUCACCCAUGAGCUACUUUGGCUAUGGGAAACACACUGGCACAAUCGUCGCUCAUAUCGCCCUCAUGAUUUUAGCAUGGUGCUUCGUUCUUCCUGCAGGUGUCAUGCUCAGUGUUGCCCACUCGCGUCUUGCACUGCCAACGCAACUUCUCUUCCUCAUCGUCAACGCGUUCGGAAUGCUGCUUGGAAUCAUCUACAAUCACCAAACUCCCGACCUGUACCCCAACAAUGCUCAUCAUAAUAUCGGCUGGAUCGCGUCGAGCGUCGCCUGUGCUCAGGUCAUUAUGUCUUUGAUUUUCACCUACACCGGACGAGGUGAAGCCAAUGUCACCGCAUCUGAGCGUGCAACAUUCAUUCCCGUGUCCAGGGAUUCCCAUCCGAGAAGUGCAUUUCACAGCUGUACUGGCCAGGACACGGACCGUGACUCCAUCCACAGUGGGCCUUCAUCGGCUACUUGCGAUUCGCCGUCCGCAGACUCCGUCGACUUUGACAAGCCAGAGGAUGACUUGCAUGGUGGAAAGCCUGCUGGCUCUGGCCGCUGGUUUCGCAUCACGUUCGUUGACUGCUUCUUGGCCAAUCGCGUACCGGAAAUGAUGUCACGUCGUAUCUUGGGGAUUUUGAACGUGGUUUACAUGGUUGUUGACAGAAUCAUCUUGCCGUUUGGAUUCGUUGCCAUUGCAACGGGCGGUGCGACGUAUGGCGGCAUCAUGAGAGGCAUCAAAAUCUUCAACGGACUGGCGCACUUCAUCAAAGGCGGGAUCUUCUUCUGGUACGGUCUGUUGACGCUAGGGCGAUGGAUGGGCUGCUGGUCCGACUUGGGCUGGUCCUGGAACGUCAAGCCUGCUGCUAAGAUUGUGGGCAAGACGAAGGCAAGAGUCCCUUCGGCUGAAUUUGUCGAAUCUUUGGUGAUCUUUCUCUAUGGAAUCACAAAUGUGUUCCUGGAACAUCUGUCGGGUUGGGGUGGUGCAUGGACGGCCCGGGAUUUGGAGCAUGUGUCUAUUUCAAUUUUAUUCUUGGGUGGUGGAUUGUGUGGUAUGCUUUUCGAAUCCAAACGCGUCAAGAAGUGGGUCAACAGCACCGUCCUGCAAUACCCUCAGUUUGCAGCCCAUAAACAUGCUGAAUCGGUCUGGCACGUUCCCACUUCGCAAACGGUGUCGCUCAACCCGAUGCCCGCCCUGGUCAUCCUCCUCCUAGGCACUAUGAUGGCAUCGCAUCAUCAAGACUCGAUGACUUCGUCCAUGGUCCAUCAGCAAUGGGGAAAUCUCUUGACCGGGUUUGCCGUCUCUAGAAUUUUGACCUAUGUCAUUCUAUUCUUGAAGCCCCCAACUUCGUACCUACCGUCUCGUCCACCUACUGAGGUUCUUGCUUCGUUCUGUUUGGUGGGUGGUGGUGUCAUUUUUAUGAUGAGUACGAGAGAUAUUGUCGAAACUAUGAUCUGCUACGAAAUCGACUCCAUGUUCACCAUGACCGUGGGAAUGGGGUUCACGGGAUUUUUAAUGGCGUGGGAGAUUCUGGUUAUUGCUAUCAAAGCGUGGGCAAUGAGAAGGGAGAUGGCUCCGCGACUGGCCCCGUUUAUUUCCGAUUUAAGUUUCCAGUGA